GCCCACAUGGGGUGACCAGAGGCUUAGUGUGAGCCUGAUUAGUUGUGUUGCUGGUGGGUACAAGAUGUUAGUAGAGACGAGCACCCAAACAAAUGCAUGGAUAUAGACUUGCUUCUGUACCAGUUCCAGAGAAGAUGGUGGCCACUGUGCACACCCUGCUCACCUCAAGUAAACAUGUUCAACCUGAUGAGCAACUGCUGCAGCUGGGUCUCCAAAAUACAGGAGCCAAUCAGGAAAGUCACCAUUCUUGUGGUCGGUCUUGACAAAGCAGGAAAAACAUCCUCCAUCAGAGGGAUGUUAAGAGUCCCCCACAGCGUAGACGCAGGGCCCACCCACGGCUGCAUCAGGAAUGAGCUGAGAGUGGAGAACUCCCUGGUGACGCUGCUGGAUGUUGGAGGAUCAGCGGAGUCGAGGGGAGCCUGGAGGGAGCUCUGUGGGGAGGCCCACGGCAUCAUCUUUGUGCUGGACUCCAGCGACAGGCAGAGGAUAAAGGAGGUCAAGGAGGUUCUCGCUGACCUGCUGAAGCAACCGAGAGUGGCAGGAAAACCCAUACUGGUGUUGGCCAACAAACAGGAUAAAAUGAACGCUUUGCUGGGAAGUGAACUGAUUGAGAUUCUGUCUCUAGAGAAGCUGGUCAACCAGAGCCGCUCUCUGUGCCAUAUUGAGCCUUGUUCAGCCUUAAUGGACCUGCGACGCUGGUCAGACAGAAAGACUCUGCGAGGCCUUCGCUGGUUGCUGCGUGCUGUUUGUCUGGAUUAUCCAGAGCUCUGUACUCGAGUAGCCCAGGACAGCAAGAGGCCUCUGGAGCCUCAAGAGAGAGAGAAGAAUGGAAAAGCAGAAAAAGUGCGCAAAAAACCCAAAGUGGAACGAAUUCGAUCCAGCAAGUCGGACCUCCGUCAGGUUCAUCGGCCCAAAGACAAGGAGAAAAAUACCAAAGGGGAGGGAAAGUUGCAACCCAUCCGGAAUAUGCUGCAGAAGGACACCACGCUGAAAAAGAAGCUGAAGACAAAGAAGAAGAAGAAGCAGGUUAAGGUCAAGGAAGGUGAAAAAGAUGAAGAACAGGCCAACGAACAAGAAGAGGAAGAGGAGGGUGACGGUAAUGAAGGAGAGCAAGAAAACUCUGGUCAUAGAGACAGAGCCAGCAGCGCCCUGAUACCCCCCAGAAAAGGCAAACUGAAACGCAAAACUAAGGUUAAAGAAGAGACUCUGGAUGUGCCGGAAUCACCUGACAAUGACAAGAAGCUGCUGAAAGUCAAAGGGGAAAAGAAGAAGAAAGUUGUGAAGGUAAAAAGAAAAAACAAGAUCAACACAGAGGAGGCGCCUGAAGCUUAUUCUCAACCGGUGGACCUUUCUGCAACUUUUGAUCUUUACCGAAAGGCGAUCCAGGCUCUGAGGGAGCGUCAGGAUCAGGGGCAGUGAGAGUGAAUCCUUGGUUGUGUUUUGCCACCUGAGGGUGAAGAUGUGGUGCACAGCAGUAGCUUCCAUCACACAACAUCACUUCACAAACUGAUAUUUCUGUAUAAUUUCCUAUGUAGUAGGCUGAUCCCUGAGCAUUUGGAGUAAAAUUACAGAUUCCAAUGUGCAGUGAAGGGCGGGUCUAAAUAAUUGUUGAAUCAUUUUUAAAAAAAGUUAAAUUACUAAUAUAAAAUGUUUAAAAAAAGAUGAAGAUGAACUUUGUACUUGGCCAAAAUGUUAAAGGGGAUUUUGUUUGUAUAAAUUUAUGCAGUUUUGAAUGUAACAGAGUCAUGAUUUUUGAACUCUACUCUUUUUAUAUUAUUGUUUGGACAUUUCCCAGCACUGGAAAAAGUCAGGAACAUUGCUGAAGUGAUGAUCAGAUAUAUGAAAAUUGUAUAAUAAACAUUUUGUCGCUA